UUCUACUUCCGCCGGGGCCUGGUCUUCACUGUUGUGUUGCAGUCAUGUCGGCUGCGAUUGCUUCUCUGGCUGCUUCCUAUGGUUCGGGUUCGGGGUCCGAGUCUGACUCGGACAGUGAGGGCGGACGGUGUCCGCUGCCAACCUCUGACUCCCUCAUGCACUUGACUAAAUCGCCUUCUGACAAGCCCUCUCUGCCAGUGGCGGUGGACUCGGCUCCGGAGGUGGCAGUUAAGGAAGAUUUGGAGACCGGAGUUCACCUUGACCCUGCCGUCAAAGAAGUUCAGUAUAAUCCCACCUAUGAGACCAUGUUUGCUCCUGAGUUUGGACCAGAAAAUCCCUUUAGGACACAGCAAAUGGCUGCCCCUAGAAAUAUGCUUUCUGGAUAUGCCGAACCAGCUCAUAUCAAUGAUUUUAUGUUUGAACAGCAAAGAAGAACUUUUGCCACAUAUGGUUAUGCGUUGGACCCUUCAUUAGAUAAUCAAGUGACUACUAAGUAUAUUGGUUCUGUAGAAGAAGCUGAGAAAAAUCAAGGUUUAACUGUGUUUGAAACUGGUCAGAAGAAAAUAGAAAAGAGGAAAAAGUUCAAAGAAAAUGAUGCAUCUAAUAUUGAUGGUUUCCUGGGACCAUGGGCAAAAUAUGUGGAUGAAAAAGAUGUAGCCAAACCUUCCGAAGAAGAACAAAAAGAAUUGGAUGAAAUCACAGCAAAGAGGCAGAAAAAAGGCAAACUGGAAGAAGAGAAACCUGGGGAAGAAAAGACAAUCUUACAUGUUAAAGAAAUGUAUGACUACCAAGGCAGGUCUUACCUGCACAUACCUCAGGAUGUUGGUGUUAAUCUGCGGUCAACUGUGCCACCUGAGAAAUGUUAUCUUCCUAAAAAACAAAUUCAUGUGUGGUCUGGACACACAAAGGGCGUCAGUGCUGUCAGGUUGUUCCCCCUCUCUGGCCAUUUAUUGCUGUCCUGUUCAAUGGACUGUAAAAUUAAGCUAUGGGAGGUUUAUGGAGACAGGCGUUGUCUGCGAACAUUUAUUGGUCACAGUAAAGCCGUCAGGGACAUCUGCUUUAAUACUGCAGGAACGCAGUUCCUCAGCGCAGCUUACGACAGGUAUCUUAAGCUCUGGGACACAGAGACAGGACAGUGUAUAUCAAGGUUCACAAACCGAAAAGUACCCUAUUGUGUCAAAUUUAAUCCUGAUGAAGAUAAGCAAAAUCUCUUUGUGGCCGGAAUGUCUGAUAAAAAGAUUGUGCAGUGGGACAUUCGCAGUGGAGAAAUUGUGCAGGAAUAUGAUCGGCACUUGGGAGCUGUCAACACCAUUGUUUUUGUUGAUGAAAACAGGAGAUUUGUAAGCACGUCUGAUGAUAAGAGCCUAAGAGUUUGGGAAUGGGACAUCCCUGUGGAUUUCAAGUAUAUAGCAGAACCCAGUAUGCACUCGAUGCCUGCAGUGACUUUGUCUCCAAAUGGGAAAUGGCUAGCAUGCCAGUCAAUGGACAACCAAAUCUUAAUUUUUGGAGCACAAAACAGAUUCAGAUUAAAUAAGAAAAAAAUAUUUAAGGGCCAUAUGGUAGCAGGCUAUGCUUGUCAGGUGGACUUUUCACCAGACAUGAGCUAUGUGAUUUCAGGAGAUGGAAAUGGAAAAUUAAACAUCUGGGACUGGAAGACCACAAAACUCUACAGUCGGUUUAAAGCUCAUGACAAAGUGUGCAUAGGUGCAGUGUGGCACCCUCAUGAAACAUCGAAAGUCAUAACAUGCGGUUGGGAUGGUCUCAUUAAAUUAUGGGAUUAAUGAGACUAAUCCUUCAACUCUCUGGAUUAUUUUUGAUCCAAUACCAUAUUUAACUAUUUCAUUGUUAAAUGUGUGGGAUGAAAACUUUAUUUACAGAUGUCAUUUCCUUACAUGGCCUUAUAAAGUUGAUAUACAUUGUUUUUUAAAAAAAACUUUGUAAAUUUGGCUCAUAUGAUUUCGUUGGCAACUUUAAUUUGUUCUUUAUAGAUACUAUUUAUACAGAGAAUGACCAUCGAUUUUGUAUUUGACAAGGCAGUCUGGGCUUACCCCCAAGACACACGGAAAGGAUCCCUUUGGAGUUGGAAAAGGAUCCCUUGUGGAUUUGGGGUUCUGACGGAGCUUGAUGUGACUCUGAGAGCAGGGUACAACCACCCGCGGUGACUGUCUCCAUUAUUUCCGGUGCGCCGAGUUCGGUGUUUUGGACUCAGGGGUUCCUCUGACUCUUGCAGAUGUUGUGUGUUUCUCGUCGUGAGCCAGCAGUCUUCUCUGACUACAGCGCUCCUCUCAUUAUUAAACAAGGUAAAACACAAGUCAACCCGGAGUUCUUUCCUUGACUUUCUUCCCAGUCUGUCUUUAGCGAGAGAAUUAUGUAAUUUUUGAAGAUGAAACUCAAGAGAAUGAGUCAAAACUUUGAAUUUUUUUUGUAUUUACUGUCAGUAAGAACCUGGCUGUACUUUCAGAAAUCAGGGUCUCUUUGGUCAUUUCUUCACAGAUGUUACUACUGAAAUACUCAAUGGAGAUAGGGCAAAGAACAAAAUAUCAACCUGCAACUUCUUUAAAAUUAUUCUGAUUUGGCUUGUGAAUAUAUUUGACGAAACUUUUAAGAUUAGAAAAGUUUUAAACUUCUUUCUAAAUAUUUGAGUGAAAUUGACAAUCCAGGAAAAUGGCUAGGGUUCCCCAGUUUGAGAAGCAGCAGCUGUAAAAAAGUUUAAAAACUUAAGAUUGUGAAAUGAAGAUAGCCUCUUGAAUGUAGUAGUUAAUAGCACUUUAGUUCGACACACCGUUUCUCCAGCUUUAUCGCAGGUCUGUAUCAGAUGUGUGAAUGUGGUUCCAGAUAUUUCCACAGUGCCGUGCUAAAAACGGUCGGCUCGCAGCAGCUCAGAGCACCGAGUGGGGGCAGGGCCACACUGGUGUUGGUGUCCUGGAGGCAUCGGCUCCGAGCCCUGUGCUGUCACCAGCAGCGGUGCUUGCUGCUUUCCUUCAGAACACCCGUUCUAAACAGUUAAAAUAAAAAAGGCCUGGUAUAGAUGACCAGGCUAUAGCCACACAUUAAAAACAUUGAAGACAAAAAUAGACCAAGAAUACAAGUGGUAGAGCUGUAUUUUUGGACACAGAAGCACUGAGAGAAAUAAGAAUACACUGCCUAGCUGCUCCCGUCUCUGUAUCUGCCAGGAAGGGUGGCUGCCGUUUCCUGAAGAGGAAAGAAUUCAGACAAGACCUUUUCUUUAGUCCCAACCACUGGGUUUAACCAAUGUGAAUUAAUCACAUUUCAUUAAUAAUAAAAUCAUAUAUUUAAACUAUCUUGCUCACCACCAUUAUUGUGUAUGUUACAGAUCAUAAUUUCUAAAUCUUGGUUUAUUUUAUUGUGUUUUUACUGUUUGUAAACAAU